ACUUGCAACUACAAUAUACGUCCGUCUCGUUUCGGAUAAACAGAGAGCACAGAGAGUGUCACGGCGUGCAACGAAAAUAAACAGAGCUGUGCGUCCGCAUUUACCCCAUUUGCCCCUAAAUUUUCCACAAAACCGUUGGAUUUUUUUCCCGUCCCACGAAGUUGGAGGUUAACUACCAAAAUAUGACAUAAAUUUGGUCAAUAUGGCAAUACUGAAGGAGAGCCUCUCGCUCUCCGUUUUUGAGGUUAUAGGAUUCUCGAGUGAUUGCCAGUGAUUGCUACUAAAAUUCUACCAGCAGUAGCGUGUGAUAUAUCGUCCGUCUUGCUCUUUUAUAUAGAAGGCAAAAUUAUGGUACGAUAUUUGCUUAAGUUCUCGUACAUUGGUGCGCACUACAGGGGCUUGCAGAAGCAGACUCCUUAUAAUGACAACUUUAUACGGGACACCGAUUCCAUCCAAGGUGCUUUAGAAACUGCUCUACUAAAGCUCUUGCCAAAGAGCCUAAUUAGGCCAGCCCUCGUUCUCUCCAGCAGGACAGACGCUGGUGUUCAUGCUUUAGGCAACACUGCUCAUGUGGAGCUCGAAAACAAAUAUAAUACGAUAUAUGAUUCGUCACAUGUAAAGCAAUGUGUUAAUCGUUAUUUUGGCCAUUGUGGUCAUACCAUUAGAUUGCUGGAUUGUAUACCCAUCACAAAUGAUUUCCACGCAAGAUAUUCGUGUAAAUCGCGAACUUACUUGUACAGAUUUAUGGUACCUAAAUGUGAAGACCAACGGAUAGCUCUCCUAGAUGCGACACACACUUACUAUUUAAGGUCACACAAUUUCGACGUAGACAGGGUAAAACGUGGUAUACAGUUGUUUAUGGGAACAAAAGACUUUACCACGUUUAGUGCAAAAUCUGUAACAGAUCGUAAAAUCCAGUACGUACGUGCCUUACAGGCUUUUACUUUGGAAGAGGCACACGCUUUUAUGCCCCUAGACCCACUGACGAAAAAUUUCACAUAUUGGCAUUUCACGUGCAAGGCAAGAUCUUUCUUGUACAAUCAGGUCAGACGAAUGGUCGGUGCCCUAAUCGCGUUAGGAUCGGGGCGUAUAACAGAGAAAGAUAUCACUGUAAUGUUACAAGUUCCUUCCCAUCACAACUGGGAUAGCCGAGUUUUACCUGUACCACCGAAUGGUUUACAUUUAUUGAACGUAGAAUAUGAUCCGGAUGAAUUAAGACGCUGUACGAUAUUGGAGCAGGAGGAGAAAUUACAAUCGGAAGAGCAAAUGCAGGAACUACAGUGUGAAGAGCAAAAACAAGGACUGCAGUUAAAAGAAUAAAAGCGUAACGUACCUGAUCUCUUUUUGUUUGAUGACCUCUCUGAUGCAGAUGUUAUUUAAAGAAAUAUUAAUUUUUGCAUAAUGGA